AUGUUGCAGCCGCUCAUAGUUCGCGGGAUGUCUCACUAUAGCGUCGCGACUGUCACGAAUGGGACUACGCGGCCUCAGUACGGACCGUUGGAUCUAAUUGGCGGCGGUGAUAGCCCCGAGAAUAAUCUGGACUCAAAAGACUAUCAAGCCGGCCUUGAGAUCGAAUAUUUUGCCCCGGAGAAUCAGGUGCCCCUCAACAUGCAGAAUGUGGCCGCGCCUAGCCCUGGCAUCUUGGCCUGCGCCACAGCCACUGUGCUCGUAGCAGGUAUGAUCGUGUUCAUGCGACUCUAUACGCGAAGAUAUCUUGUUGGCAUGACGGGAGCUGAAGAUUGGUUUAUCUUGAUUGCACUGCUAUUUUCGGCGGCGAAUUCCGCUGGGACCAUCGCUCAAUCGGCUUGGGCCUUGGGACAACCCCUCGACACCGUGAGCGACGACCAGAUUGCAGCAUACCGCCGGGCCGAAUGGAUCACCACGCUGUUCUACAACCUUUCACUAGCUGCGACAAAGAUCUCGAUCCUCUUAUUGUACGUCCGCGCUCUCACCUAUGAAAGUUUCCGGCGGGCGACGCUGGUGAUACUUGUUACUGUGGUCAUCGUCACCGUUGGGAUUUUCGCUGUUAUCAUGACAGCCUGUAUCCCGAUCCAUAAAUACUGGGAUCCGAAUAUCGCAGGAUAUUGUCAUCCACGAUCCCUGUGGUGGGCCGUGACGGGGUUCAACACCGGAUCAGAUGUCUUGAUCCUGCUGUUGCCCGCCCCCCUUAUAUUUGGAUUGACCCUACCGCGGACGCAGAAAUUGGGACUCUUGGCUGUAUUCACUGGAGGACUCUUCAACCCUUCGCAUCGUCUGGCUUUGGAGUUUGGGGCGCUCAAGGAAUUACACAAGCGACCUCGCCCCCCUGGCAAAUUGGUCAUGCGUGGAGCUGAACCUGGCGAUCGUCUGCGCGUGUGUAACAACUCUCAAGCCGCUUUACCGCAAGUUAUUUCCCUCGCACCGCACAAGGAUGUUGCUAGACCAGGAGACUUUAGAGAAUGA